CAUCGUGGAAAGCAAGUCGUGCAUCACCAGGAGGAGGAACCAUUUGGAGAAUCACUGUGUGUCGGCCGAAACUGCUUAUCAGCAACAGGCGAAAAGUUCCAGAGGCAGCAGCCCAUCCGUGAUGUUUUCGUUUCAUUAGUCUAGAAAAUGGGAAAUAGUUGCUGAAUGCAGUGUGUUCCUCCCAGCCUGGACUCACCGUGAUUGAGUACAGAUCUGGUGCUGAGCAAAGAUGGCAAUAUACAGUAACCUCUCAACCAAUGAAACCAGCGGGCAGUGGCGUUGCCGCUUCAAGGAGGACUUCAAGUACAUCCUACUUCCCGUCAGCUACACUCUGGUCUUCCUGAUCGGCCUGGCCCUGAACUGCACGGCCAUGUACGUGAUCCUGUUCCGCACCAAGCGCUGGAAGCCGUCCACAGUCUACAUGGUCAACCUGACGGCGUGCGACCUCCUCUACAUCUUCACCCUGCCUUUCCUCAUCUACUACUACGCGGACAAGAAUGACUGGCCCUUUGGCGAGCCGUUCUGCAAACUCAUCCGUUUCCUGUUCUACGCCAACCUCUACGGUUCCGUCAUGUUCCUGUGCUGCAUCAGCCUGCACCGCUUCCUGGGGGUGUGUUACCCGGUUCAGUCGCUGAGCUGGGUGACUGCCAGGGGAGCCAGGAUGGUGUCGUGUGUGGUGUGGGCGUGCGUCUUGCUGUGCCUGGCGCCCAUCCUCUACUUUGCGCGCACUAAGGACGAGGGGACGGAGAAGGUGUGCUUCGACACGACCAGCCCGGAGCUCUUCGACGACUUCCUGGUGUACAGCUCGGCGGUGUCCGUGCUGAUGUUCGUCAUCCCUUUCGUGGUGGUGAUGGUGUGCUACGGACUGAUGGUGCGGAAGCUCUUAAAGCCCGGCUGGGGGGAUGGCCGGGGGGGCUGCGGAGUGGGCGGCCUCGCCUCGCAUCGCUCUAAACAGAAGUCGGUGAAGAUGAUUGUCAUCGUGUUGUCGGCGUUCAUGCUGUGUUUUCUGCCCUUCCAUAUAACCAGGAGUCUGAGCUACUCCCUCCGAUACCUGGAGCAGAUGGACCCCUCUCAGGUGAGCUGUGAGCUGCUUAAGGCGUCCAGUAUGGCCUACACAGUAACACGCCCCCUGGCCAGCGCCAACAGCUGUGUGGAUCCCAUCCUUUACUUCAUGGCUGGACAGGGUUUCCGUAGGAACCUCACGAAGAGAACCAGGUCAUCGCCAAGGAAACCAGAAAGCGUGACGGUUGCCCUCUCGACUGUGUCUCAGCUUUGACCUCCAGGGGGAUCAACCUACAGUGUAUGCUCUAUAAAGAUUAGCAGUCAGAGUGUCUGAUCCGUAACCACAUGGCUGCUAGGUCGAAUCCUCGAGCCGGCAGGGGGGAGACUCUGUUGUUCUGUCCCUGAGCAAGGCGAUUAACCCUAAUUGCUUCCAUGUUGUUGCUGUAAAUGAGGAUGUGUUCUCAGAAAACUUACCAAUCAACUAACCUGGUAGCAAAAGGGUAAAAAAUACUACCUAAAAAAGCCUGUAGGGUUCAGAUAACCACAGAGUGAAAGAAAAUAAAGGGACGGGAUGCAUACAGUGGGGAGAACAAGUAUU